GUUUGGCGACGGCGCGGCCCAGUGGCGACCUGCACCCGCCGCCAUGAAGACCCCCGCGCUGCUCGCGCUGUGCGCCGUCCUGGCCAGCGCCGCCGCCUCCCAGGAUGUGGCAGCCGCCAGGCAGAGGGUGCCCUUCUUGAAGGUCCCCGGCCCCGCCCGCACGCACGGCGGCCAUGGCCUGCGCAUCUUCAACGGCGAUGUGGCCUCCAGGACGCAGUUCCCCUUCCAGGCCGGCAUCUACCUGGACUUCAACGCCUUCUGCGGCGGCUCGCUCAUCCACAAGAACUGGGUGCUGACGGCCGCGCACUGCGUCGACGGCUUCAAGACCUGGACCGUGUUUCUGGGCGUGUCCAACAUGGUGGCGGCCAAGGAGGAGGGCCGCGAGGUGCAGGUCAGCAACGCCGCCACGCGCCACGAGCGCUACAACUCGUACGAAGUGACCAAUGACAUCGGCGUCAUCCAGCUGUGGAGGGAGGUCGACCUCUCGGGAGACUUCAUCAAGCUGGUCCAGCUGGCCCCGGCGGGCGUCAACUACGCGGGCCAGAAGGCCACGGUGUCCGGCUUCGGCAAGGUGGCGGACAACUCGCAGACCAUCAGCCCGCACCUCCAGUUCACCUCCCUGCCCGUCGUCUCCACCGACGUGUGCUACAAGUACUACGAGGCCGCCGACGUGUCGCAGAUCUGCCUGGAGGCCAAGGGCACCAGCAGCUGCAAGGGUGACAGCGGCGGCCCCCUGACGGUGCCCAGCGGCGACGACGACGGCUCGGUCAUCCAGAUCGGCCUCACCAGCUUCGGCUGCAAGGAUGGCUGCACGGUGGGCUGCCCCGUGGGCUUCACGCGCGUCAACUACUUCCUGGACUGGCUGUCCGAGACCACGGGCGUCAACUUCCCCUAAGGGCGCCGAGGCCUUACAGUGAAGGCGGCGUGCGGACCACUACUCCGUAAUCCCAGUUGAUAACGCGCAAGGCGCAUGGCGCGGCCAGAGGACUUAAUCGGACUAGCUCGCCUCUGUUCGAGUAGAUCCACUGGGAUUAACGCGUGCGGCCACAAGAAUGAGACUCACACGGUCCGCAGAGCGGCGAUACCCCACGCCGCAGGGCUACAGGGCCUCGACCGACCCGCACGCGGAGUAUUGACGCACACUGCUGGCCGAAAUCUAUCAUUGUUUUCGUUUCUACUGUGGACAGUGGGCUAGAAGACCGGUGAGCACGGUCAAAUCUACACUCUAAUUGUCUUACAAUGAAAUUUGACCUAUGUUAUUCGUAUGUUACAAUGAAUUCGGCGCAAGCAUAAUACGAAGCAAUAUUCCUUCGUAAUACGAAUCGUUUGACCUUUUUCAUCGUAAGAUACAAA